AUGGACGGUAGCUCAUAUGGACUCGGAGGUCCUAAUAUUACUAUUAGAGAGCUUACUAAGGACCGCAUUAACUUUGUUCUUAGUGAUACUGACUUAAGUGUUGCAAACUCUCUUCGCCGAGUUAUGAUUGCGGAAGUCCCAACUGUUGCAAUCGACAUGGUUGAGAUUGAAACCAACACGACUGUUCUUGCUGAUGAAUUCUUGGCCCAUCGUCUGGGCAUGGUUGCCAUCGAUAGUAGGGAUGUUGACAAAUUACGUUACACCAGAGAUUGUACUUGCUCCCAGUAUUGUCCUGAAUGUUCAGUUGAGUUGACACUUCACGUCAAAUGCACUGAUGAUAGAACCAAAGAUGUCACAACCAGAGAUUUAUCUUCGUCGAAUCCUUCUUAUUUGCCUGUUCUACAAGACAAGGACGAUUCCGGUGUUCUUUUGGUCAAAUUACGUAAAGGCCACGAGUUGAAGUUAAAAUGUAUUGCUAAAAAGGGCGUUGCUAAAGAACAUGCUAAAUGGAGUCCUGUCAGUGGCGUUUCCUUUGAAUACGAUCCUUACAACAAAUUAAGACAUACUACAUACUGGUUUGAGGAAAGUGAGGAUGAGUGGUAA